AUGUCUCAAAUCUCCACUCCCAGUCCAACCGGCACCAAAAACUCUAAAAUCACCACUCCAAUCUCGAAGUCACCCGUCGACACGCUGAACACCUCGGGAAGCACCACGUUCAAAAAAGAACAUGGAGUUACACCCAAUAUAGAGUCUCUCACAAAACAUGAGCGCAAGCUUUCCACAGACUCCGGUACGACAGUAGAAUCCGAGUCCUGGAACCCAUACGAUCCGGAGACGCUAGAGCCACUGACAAAGACUGCCUUCAGUCCAUCUUACCCUCCCAAAUUCUCCACAGACUCUACAUCGACAAUUGAAUCCGAGUCCUGGAAUACACACGACCCCAAGACGCCGGAGUUGGAGGUCAAGACUGGCUGUAGUACAGCUUAUCCCCAGACUUCACCCUGGUCUUGCUUCAACACUGCCGUUGUUGGCAUGUCUCCGCUAGAGACUCUAGAGCGCUAUCAGCUACGCGAUUAUGGUGCAGGCAUCUCGGAGCAAAGCACUCGUAUUUAUGGCUUCACGUAUCCAGCUGGUGUACCUGUAGCCAAGCAUGUCCACUUUGAGUCGACUGCUGAUCGCGCAGCCUCACCGCUCUACCGAUGGAAGGAAGAGGACAAGGAUACGACAGACUUGGAUGAAAUUGCGCCUAACACGCACACCAGCCGCGCCAACAAACAAAACGACAAACGCAGCUUUCACCCUUCCCCCUCCCUAAAGCGCACCCUCGAUAUCCACCACGCCCAAACCCAACACCAUCACACACAUGUCUCCGAUUCUACACCAGCCAAGAAACCAGCCCGCUCUCAUCGUCUUCUCCGUUCAAUCUCUGAAUCACUUUCCAACCUCGCAAGCGCACACGCUGGCACAACCACUGGACUUUGUCCUAGAAAGGCGUCUGGUCAAGCUCAUGGAUUGAAUGGAGCCGACACUGGAACUGGCACUGACAAUGUCACUGACACUACCUCCGACAUUGAUCCUACGAUUCAGAGCCCCCAUUGCCCACCUCAAGCUUCCACCACCGGAUCUCCAGACACGCGUAAGCGACGACGCCUGGGAGACCGGCUACUGGGUGCUUUGCGCUCCCAGAAGGACAUGCAAUAUGAAACUACAGACUCAGCAAACAAAUAA